ACAUAAGCAUGAGCCAUGGUAAAAGGGAUCAGCCAUUUGAAAAGAAUCAUUCCCACCAGGAUGCCUAUGAAGUGGAUUUCAGUUCUGCUGCUGCUACAGCUGAGUAGUCACUUCAGCCCUGGGAGUUGUGGAAAGGUGCUGGUGUGGCCCACAGAAUACAGCCACUGGAUCAACAUGAAGACCAUCCUGGAUGCACUUGUCCAGAGAGGUCAUGAAGUGACUGUUCUGACAUCUUCAGCUUCAAUUCUUGUUGACCCCAAUAAACCAUCUGCUAUUCAAUUUGAGAUUUUUCCUACAUCUGUAACAAAAGAUGAUUUUGAGGAUCUUUUCAAGCGUCUGACCUCUAAGUGGACAUAUACACCAAAAUAUACAUUUUGGACUUAUUAUUCACUAUUGCAAGAUAACACUUGCGAAUAUUUUGAUUGCAUUCAAAAGCUCUGUAAAGAUGCUGUUUUGAACAAGAACCUCAUGACAAAGCUACAGGAAUCAAGGUUUGAUGUCAUUCUUGCAGAUCCCGCCGGACCCUGUGGUGAGCUGCUGGCUGAGCUACUUAAAAUACCUUUUGUGUACAGUCUCCGCUUCUCUUUUGGCUGUACAAUUGAAAAGUACAGUGGAGGACUUCCAUUCCCUCCAUCCUACGUACCUAUUGUCUCGUCAGAAUUAAGUGAUCAAAUGACAUUCAUGGAGCGAGUAAAAAAUAUGAUGUACGUGCUUUAUUUUGACUUCUGGUUCCAACCAUUUAGUGAGAAGUGGGAUCAGCUUUACAGCAAAGCACUAGGAAGACCCACUACAUUAUUCGAGUUAAUGAGAAAAGCAGAUAUAUGGUUUAUUCGAACCUAUUGGGAUUUUGAGUUUCCUCGCCCACUCUUACCACAUUUUCAAUUUGUUGGAGGCCUCCACUGCAAACCCGCUAAGCCUCUGCCUAAGGAUAUUGUGAAUAGUUUCAGCCCCUCUAGCUGCAUUCCAGGAGCACCUACAGCCCUGACUUGGGCAGUCACCUAUGGAGUAGAGAACUUUUGUGGAAGUCCAGAUUUCCAAAGGAGAAGUUCCAGCACUCUGUUUUCCUCUUCCAAGGCAACUCAGUGUAAGGCUGAAAGAAGGCCCACCUGUGCCCGUGAUUUCUCUCACAGGGAUAAAGAACCG